UGGAUAUGCGAUGACGUAUGGACAACAAACAGUUGUUGGACUUGAGUAAGCUAACGUUAGCUAGCACAAGGACGAGGAGAAAACAGCAUCUUUACAUUCAAGCGCUUCUCGGGGAACGUCAAUAAGCGGCAUGUCUUUGUUUUAAAAUAACAACCAAAAAGGAGAUUAUUGUUCAACAGUUAAAUCAUUUGGGCACGAGAACGAAACAUGCUCCGGACUAUGACGCUUGUUUUUUUCCUUGCCUAGUCGAGGAUUGUGAUGCGAGGUGCUCUGGUGAGACCGCGAACGACAUUCGGAAAUUAUUUUUCUUGAAAUAGAAUGAUUGACUCGAAAACAAAGCAUUUGGGUUUACCGAAAGGUGCAUAAAACUACACCGGUCUAGAUGUCAUUGUUGGGCAACUACUUUAGCUAGCUUCAUGCACAUGAAAUAGUAUUUUGCUAACGUAAUGGAGGCACCGUGGGUACAGUUUUAGCUAGCUGGUCACCCAAAAUAUAGCUAUAACGUUAGCUAGCUUCCACAUCCACUUUUAGAGUGUGCUGACCAACAAAAGACAGAAUACUGUAACAUAAAACGGCUAUCUAUGCACUUUGUUGAUAUCUAUCGUGGUUACCUAGCGUUAAGUUAGCUAGCCAAACAAGUAAACUAGGUUGAGACUAGCAGCAGAAUACAUUGUUUCUUGGUUAGGAGGAUUUGUCACGGUCGUUUGRCACGAGGUGUUGCCUUUACCUCUUGGUAAUUUCACAACAAUUUACCGUUCCUGGACAUGUGAUAUGGUCAAUUUAUCAAAGGUUUUCUGAAAUUACAAUUUCAGGCUAUAAAUAUUCUGAACUGCAGGCACGCAUCACGUGUCAAACAGUUACAUUUGCUUGCUUGAAAGUUGUCAAUAAUAUGCGAAAUUAUCUAUUGAAAUAGUUGUGUGUGUGUGUGGGCACAAAUAGCUGUUUUGUCAAUCAAUUACGUUAACACUCAAAAAGCACUUAUAUUGUCAUUGACAAAGUUGUAAACAUUCUUGAUGAAAGCACUUAUUUGACAAAUUAUGUUAGCUAUUGAAGAAUCAAAGACCAGCAUUCAAAGGCUAGACUGACAUCUACUCAGAAGGCAUCACUUUAAAUAUCUUGUGUCAAGUACAGAGUUCUCGAAUCCAGUCAAUUGCCAACACUAUCUUCCUGGAAAUGAAAAUAUGAAUGUCGAGGAGCAAGCUCUAGAUUUGUGCAAUGUCAAAAUGAAGAAUAAUGUUGGUGACAAUACUACCAAUAACUCGCAAGAGAUCCUACCCCGGCUCUCGGAACUGAUGGAUGGAGAUUUGUGUAAGCAAGGCAUUGGCAACGAGGCUGCCAACACGUCCUCUCUAGCCAAGCUCACAGACAACCCACGAAGGGAGGACAACCACCGGUCAAAAGAGACACUAGAAAUCGACGAAGUGAAUGGGAAUAAGAACAACAGCGUCCCAGAUACCCCUGCAAUAGUCAGUUCUGACUUUGAGGUUUAUCAUGACGACCAACGCCAAGAAGAGAGAAUCAAGGAUACAACACCAUUGGCCCUUAUGUUUGCUAUUGAGGAAGGGGAUGAUGGUGGGGAUAUGGACAUUGGUGUGGAUUUGAGUCUGGAUGAAAGUGGCAUCUUGGAGUCAGAACCUACUGACCAGGGACCAUCCCUAGCAGAGGAGACAUCCUCAAGCAGUACCAAUCCAGAUUCAUCAACUCCAGACGCUGUCACCGACAAGGAACCUGAGAAACCCUCAGAACAGGAGGACUCUCCACCUGUCACUGCCCCGGGAGAGGUCCUCUCUCCAGCCCUGGAUGAGGGGGAUGAUAACCACAAAAAUGGCAAGAGGGUGACUUUUCCUUCAGAUGAGGAUAUUGUCUCUGGAGCAGUGGAGCCCAAGGACCCUUGGAGACAUGCCCAGAAUGUGACGGUGGAUGAGAUUCUCUCUGCCUACAGACAGGCCUGCGUGAAACUCAACUGUAAACCCAUCCCCAAAGUGCUUAAACAGAUGCAGGAGCUGAAAGACCUAACUCAUCGAAAUGAAUGCCUGGACCUUAAAGGUGAGAAGCUGGACUAUAAGGCGUGUGAGUCCCUGGAGGAGGUGUUCAAGCGGGUCCAGUUUAAAGUGGUGGACCUGGAGCAGACCAACCUGGAUGAAGAUGGUGCGUCCGCUCUCUUUGACAUGAUUGAGUACUAUGAGUCGGCCACACACCUCAACAUUUCCUUCAACAAGCACAUCGGCACCCGCGGCUGGCAGGCCGCAGCCCACAUGAUGAGGAAGACGAGCUCUCUGCAGUACCUGGACGCCCGCAACACACCCCUGCUGGAUCACUCUGCCCCGUUUGUGGCACGGGCGCUCCGCAUCAGCGGCAGUCUUGCUGUGCUGCACCUAGAGAACGCUGGGCUCUCUGGACGACCACUAAUGCUGCUGGCCACGGCUCUGAAGAUGAACAUGAACCUACGGGAGCUGUACUUGGCUGAUAACAAGCUGAACGGCCUGCAGGACUCGGCACAGCUGGGCAACCUGCUCAAGUUCAACUGCAACAUUCAGAUACUGGACCUCCGCAACAACCACAUACUGGACUCUGGUCUGGCCUACGUCUGUGAAGGCCUGAAGGAACAGAGGAAAGGCCUGGUCACUCUGGUGCUCUGGAACAACCAGCUAACGCACAACGGCAUGGGCUACCUCGCAGCUGCACUGCCCUGUACCCAGAGUUUGGAGACCCUAAAUCUGGGCCAUAACACUGUGGGGAACGAGGGGGUCCACAAGCUGAAGGACGGUCUGAUCGCCAACCGCUCGGUGCUCCGGCUGGGCCUGGCGUCCACCAAGCUGUCUUGCGAGGGUGCCGUGGCGGUGGCUGAGUUCGUCGCCGAGAGCCCCCGGCUGCUGCGUCUGGACCUGAGGGAGAACGAGAUCAAGACAGGGGGCCUCAUGGCCCUCUCCCUGGCCCUCAAAGUCAACACCUCCCUCCUACGCCUCGACCUGGACCGAGAGCCCAAGAAAGAGACUGUGAAGAGCUUCAUCGAUACGCAGCGUUCCCUGCUGGCUGAGAUCCAGAACGGCUGCAAGCGGAACUUCAUCCUAGCCAAGGAGAAGGAGGAGACCGAGCAGCAGAUGCAUUCGGCCUCCAUGGCCGAGAUCGCCACCGAGGACAGAACCAUAGAGGAGGACGGAGCUGAUUCCGGCGAGCAUGUUGAUAACGAUGGGAAAGACAGUGAGUGUGAGGGAGGAGAGGAAGGAGUGAAAGACACUGAGCGCCUGACUGAAAGCCAAUUGGCAGCGAGCUCUGAGGGAGUGGUGUUGCCUUCGCUUUUGGAGUCCGACUCGGACACGGACGACGAAGAGGAGGAAGAGGUGGUUCUCUCUAAAGCUCCCUCCGUCUCCCCCGUCCCCAAACACACUGGUCCUUCAGUCCGAGCGGCGACAACUCAGCACCCCCUCAGUGCCUCACAGACGCCCCCCGCCCCCUCUGCCUCACCAGCUACGGGGUCUGUCAUUUCAGGGAUCACCGUCACAGAGUCCACGGGGGCCCCCGGUACGCCCCCCUCGCCGGGCCGCUGUAUCUCUGUGUCGAGCCCCGGAAGGGGCCACAAGAUCUUCAUGGUGACCAGAGUCGAGAGCUUCUCUGACCAGCAACAGGUCCUGGGGGAGAUUGGCCUGACCAAGCCCCAGGUCUCCAAAGAGCCGGUGGUGUCACUAGUGAAGGAAACCACACAGCAACCACAUCCUCCUUCACAACCCCCACAGGAGGAGGUGAGCACACAACCCCAGACCACGCCCACACCACUGACACAGGAGGAGGUGACACAGAGCCUGCCAGAACAGACACAGCAUCAGGCCACGCCCACACCACUGACACAGGAGGAGGUGACACACAGCCUGCCAGAACAGACACAGCCCCAGGCCACGCCCACACCACUGACACAGGAGGAGGUGACACAGAGCCUGCCAGAACAGACACAGCCCCAGGCCACGCCCACACCACUGACACAGGAGGUGGUGACACAGAGCCUGCCAGAACAGACACAGCCCCAGACCACGCCGACACCACUGACACAGGAGCUGGUCCAGAGUUCAGACGAACCACAGACGGUCGAUCCUAAACAGACGGAGCAGAGUCCUGUUGCGCCAGAGCUACCCCCUUCAGAGGAGACCGUAGUAGAGACUCCUAAUGACCUGUCGGAGACGCUAGAACUACCAUCCAACCUCCUAACCCAGCCCACAGAGGAGGAAGUGGAGGGAGUUCUAGACCGUUCACAACCUGUACUGGCGGAGCAGAGCCCAUUAACAGCAGCCCAGCCAUCACACUCACCCUCCCUUCCUACAGAAGUAGCAGCAGCAACACUAGCAUCACCCCAACAGACGGAGCAGAUGGUAGAGACAGCUACAGAGCCCCAGCUAGAACAGUCUGCUGUUGAGCAGCAGUCCACUGAAGCUGCGCUGGAAGGAGAGGAGGUGGUGGUGGUUGUGGAAAAGGAGGAGAGUCAGGACCCAGUAGAAGAGACACUUUGUGAACAGGCGGAGUCUCAAACCAACACAGAGGAGGAAGAUGAGAUGCAGUCAGAACGGCUUCCACAGCAGGACCAGAGUCCGGAACAGGCUCGUGACACAGUUCAGCAACCGUUAGCGCCGCAACCGUUAGCACUUCAGCUAGCUACACAGACUAAUACGAAGCCCCUGGGGAGUCUGCUUCUAACAGCACCGCUCCAGUCACAGCCUGAAACAGUGCAGCCAGACUCUGAGCUUCUGCCCCCGCAACAGGAACCGGUAGAGACACUUCCAUGGGCACAGCGACAGGUGGCGCCAGAGAGUCCCUCUGAGCAGGGAGCCACGGAGAGUGUAGCAGAAGCGGAACAGGAACUGUAUCUGUCGGAGGAACAGCAGCAACUAGCAAAACAGGCACUUCCUGUGCAGGUGGAACAGCAGCAACAACAACAUCCUGUUCUAGAGGAACUACAGAAGCAGCAGCUUCAACCAGAGGGGCAAUCACAGACCACUCUUCCCGCUGAGCCCUCACCUGUUCCAGCCGAGACAGACACUUCCCUGGAGGUGGAGGGCCAUAGCUCCCCUCCCAAGGCAGAGGAGUCCCCAGACGAGAGCUCCACGGACGAGGGGGAGAGAGUGGAGGAAGUGGUGGGCUCAGCCCUUCCCAACGGCCUGAAGCCAGAGUUCGCCCUUCACCUGCUGGACCCCGAGGGCCCCAAGCCUGGGCCUGGUAGCUGUGUGAUGGAGCACGUGAGUGUCACAGCAGAGCUGAGCUGUGGUCAGGACCUGGAGGAGCUGUUGCUGGAGGCCAGCCUGGAGACUGGAAGAGACGCACCAUAGCUGUGUCAUGGUACACCUACACUUACUAAUCUCCUGGAUCUCUUUACAAUGUACAGUCCACACACGCUAGACACAUUUGUGGUAACACACCCCAAAAAUAGAUUGGCCGAUCUAUAUCAAAUAAUACAAUGUGUGCUCUAAUAUCGGUCCUAUCUGUUUGUUCUGCGGUGGUUCUGUAGGAGAGAGGUACACAGGACUCGUAUCGUCUCUGUCUCUGUGACUCGGCUUGUUGCUCCUCCAAUUUGGUUGUUGUUACCACGAACUUCUCACCACCCCCUCUCUAUGAAAACAGAGGACCAGUUGUCAUCUAAGUCAAACAAAAAAUACACACAACAAUAAUCAUUGAGCUUCGUCACAGUAUAUAAGGAAUUCACUUCAAUUGAAACGCGCGCACACUGUAUUGUAAAGAAAAAACAAGAAUGGACACUAAGAAAAUCACACUAACCUUUUGCCUGUCACUACAUUCCGUCAAUCAGGAAACCACGCUCAUGCUGGGGGGGGGGGGGGGGGGGAGAAAGAGGUUGAGAGGGACGGAGGGGGUUUAUCACUGCGCUAACCAAAGACACAGGACACACACUGCUCACCACUGCUCCACCCCGACGUGUGUUCUUCAUAGUGUCGUGGGUUUGCACACUGACACAAAACCAUACUAUUGCCCUCUGCUGGACGAAAGAGAGUGUGCACAGCUGUGUGUGACAGUGUGGGACCCAGACAAGAGGACCCACUGGCUUUGUGUGUCAUUCUCUGACAAUACAGUGGGAAAACGGAGGGGUUUUAUAACCAAGGAAUGUGUGUGUUACAGUUUUAUCUGUCCCCCCCCCCACCACCUCGUAAGGGAUCUCUGCCAAAGUGACCGUUUUUUCUUUUCUGUUCUCUCCGUUCGCUUUGGCCCCCUCAGGAAUCGUCCCCUGCAGUGUCUCCAGCAACGCUCUGGAACACCCAAACCAUCUGUCAUCUGCCAAAAGCACACGGUCUCAGUCACAAAUGAUGUUGAGUUUCCUUUAAUAAUCAGAUAGCGGAGUUACUCCAAUCUAAAGUUUCUGGGAACCUCUGUUAAUGUUGGAUAACAAAAUGUCUGCCUUUGACGGAGUGAUGCCGUUCAUUACGGAGAAAGUCUACCGUUUUUUUUUCUUGUCUUUUUCUCGACUGGACAGUUAUCAGACGUUCUAUUCCAGGUGGAUUUUUUUUGUUUGUCCGACCCAGAGUGAUAAAUGUAGUGUGACACUCAAUAGGAGUAUAAAUAAAAAGCAGUCCUCCA